AGUUUGUGUAUGUAUUUUUUCCCCGGUAGGCAUCAUGAAGCGCAACCCGUUUGUGUCAUCUUCAAGGCGGAAGAGCCGCAAGCGCCAUUUCAAUGCGCCCUCUCACAUCCGUCGCAAGCUGAUGAGCUCCCCACUGUCCAAGGAUCUUCGAACCAAACACAGUGUCCGCAGCAUGCCCAUCCGCAAAGAUGACGAGGUCCAGGUGUCCCGAGGUCAUUACAAGGGUCAGCAGGUCGGCAAGGUCGUCCAGGUUUACAGGAAGAAGUUUGUCAUCUACAUUGAGAGAAUCCAGCGUGAGAAAGCCAAUGGAGCUCAGGUCUUUGUUGGAAUUCACCCAAGCAAGGUGGUGAUCGUCAAGCUGAAGAUGGACAAAGAUCGCAAACGUCUUCUAGAACGCAAGGCUGCAUCUCGCAACCAGAGAGACAAGGGAAAGGGCAAACACACAGAGGAAUCAGUUGCCAUGGCUACAGAUCAAUAGACUGACCAAUCCAAGGAUUUCUAGAUAGGCAAAGUUAUCGGCCUCCUGUAAAUUACUGCUCUGUGUUUAAAUGUUAACUAAUAAGACCGUCAAGAUUACGAGAUAAGUCAAA